AUGAAUAACAUAGCAAUACAAACAAUAUCCUCAAACGAUACAAAUGGCUCAUGUCCUGCGCCACUUCUAUGGAGUAGAGAUGUUGUUGAUGAUGAACAAGCUGCACUUGGCAUUUGUUUAACAGCUUCCAUUAUUCAUGCAGCAUUUUGGCUUCAAUUGUUUUUUUCUUCAUCUAUUCGACAAGCAUCAAUGCAAUGGAUCUAUGCUUAUCUUCUUACUGAUGUUUUUCUUCUUUUUCGCUUUUAUUUCUCUUAUACUAUUCAUACAACAUCUACUGACUGUCAUCCAAGUACAUCAAGGAUUAUAUUUAUUUGUUACUUUGAAGCCAUCCUUGAUAAUUAUUUCAAUAUACUUAAAGUAUACAUUCUGUUGGUAUUAAACUUAUGUCGCUAUAUUCAAAUAGUUUACAAUAAAAAUGUAUACGCAGUCAACAAAGUUCUACUUCUCUUAGCACAUCUUGGUAUUUAUAUAAUUCCAUUACUGGUUUACAUUGCUCCAUGUAUUGUUGGUUGGACUGGUGUUCGUGGAUUUGUUCGAGAUACUUGUGUUAUAUUUUAUGCAAAUAUGUAUAUUCAAAUAUUUAAUACUAUAUUUGCAUUUGCAUUACCUAUAUUUCUCAAUCUCCUGGUAAUUUAUGCAAGUAUUUGUCAUGUUCAUAAGAAAGCCACUUUAAGAAAAAGUCAACAUUAUGAUUCAGCUAGUGAAAAAUUUCAUCGUUCAUUAGUUAUUCAAUUCGUUUGCUUUUAUACUCUUUGGCUUGGACUUUGGUCACUAAAUAUAAUUGUUUAUCAAGCAUCACUCAACGUGAAACUCUUAAUUUAUAUUGUUGGAAUACUUAAUUAUUUGGUUAUAGCACUCGAUCCAUUCAUUAUUGCAGCAUUAGAUUUUCGAUUUUGGCAUGCAUGGAAAGAACAUUUAUGGCGUGUGAAAGAUGCUGUAUUGCGCAUUCAACCCACUACGGCACGAGUUCAACCUACAACAGGAAACCUCAAAACGAUUUCGUAUAAAACGUCACCAGUAAAAACAAUCUCUAAGUAG